UUCACUCUACAAGGAAUCAUACAGGUGUGUUUCCUUUAUACAACUCACUUUCAGUUUUGAUCCCUGCUGUGAGAUAAAAUUUUUUUAAAUUGUUGUUUGAUGGAAAAAACAAACAUCACUUAUACUCAUUUCCUGCAGGUGUGACAUGAGCAACUCUGAAGAUGAGGACCUCCCCCAGCUCUCUUCCCAUGCCCUUGCAGCUCUGCAGGAGUUUUAUGCUGAGCAGAAACAGUACGCCGACCUCGGUGGCGAUGACAAGUGUAACAUCGGAAUAAUAGAGGAGAACUGGCUGAGCCAGUUUUGGUACACUCCGGAGACGGCCCUGCGCCUCGCAGAGGAAGCCGUGGCGGCUGCUGGGGAAGGUGGCAGAAUAGCGUGUGUGAGCGCCCCCAGUGUCUACCAGAAGCUGAGAGAGCUGCACAGAGAAGACUUUUCCAUCUGCAUCUUCGAAUAUGACCACAGGUUUGCCAUAUACGGAGAGGAGUUUAUCUUCUAUGAUUACAAUACCCCAGUGGAUUUACCUGAGAAAAUUGCUGCACACAGUUUUGACAUCGUAAUAGCAGAUCCCCCCUAUCUCUCUGAGGAAUGUCUUAGAAAAACGUCGGAAACCAUCAAGUACCUGACCCGGGGCAAGAUUCUGCUGUGCACAGGUGCCGUCAUGGAGGAAGAGGCAGCAAAACUUCUCGGAGUGAAGACGUGCAAGUUUAUUCCAAAGCACACGCGAACCCUGGGAAACGAAUUCCGCUGUUACGUGAAUUAUGAUUCUGGGCUGGACCGUGAACUGUGAACGCAGCUGGGAAUACAAUGUGGUAAGGGACCCAUGUGACCUUUCCCUCUUUUCUUAGUAGAUUGAAAAGCUACGACCUCCCCUCCUCCCUCACAAACUGGGGGCUCUCCCCGGCCUAACUUUCAAGAUGAAGAAGACAUCUUGUUGUGAUUUCCUUAGUGAGGGCAUCCCUAGAGCUGGGGAUGCUUUUGCCACCUUGAAUCAGCGGAAUUAUAUGUGGAAGAAGUCAUAGAAGCCGUCUGGUCUGCUCUCCUUAAUGCAGGUAAAGAGCCAGGAGUGCAGGCGGCUUAGUGACUGGCCAGGGCCUCGGCCUCGGCCUCGGGCGCCUCCCGUGUACGGGUGGCUGCG